AUGUACUCACAUUAUUAUCCGUGCUAACGAAAGUGAGGUGCACAGAGCCAACGUUUUUAAUGCACUGACAUUCAGUUAUAAGGAGCAAUGGUAGUGGAAGAUUGGUGGUCAAGUUCAGCCGUUUUGACAGCAGUCACCUCCACAUUGUUGGAAAAGUGAAGGGAGUUUGGUAUCAUGGAGGCCAGUGGAAGAGGCCAAGUGGAGAGCAGUGCCAAAGCUGGGCCCAGAAUGGAUGUGCAAGUGGAGUGGGGAUGAGAGAGGCUAUUGGGUGGUGCUGACCAAUGGGUGUGCACUCUGGGGGGAGGCUAGGUCUGCUUCAUCCAUCCAAGACAAAGCAGAGGAGUGGGCACCUUGCAUUGAGGCUGAGGUGCAGAAGCUGUCCAAUCUUGUGCUGCAGGACCUGAGUCAGAUGAAUGUGAAGGCUCACUGGCAAGGAAGGGAGCAGGUAGUGCUACAUGUCUCCUCAACACUCAGGGACUUGGCCUACAGAUGGGAGUUUGACUUGAAGCGUCUGUGUGAUGAGUUGUUUCAGCAGCACUGGGUGUUACCACUGAUGGUGCAAAUGCACAGCUUAUCACAAAGGGUGAGGCAGCUGACGGCAGAGGUGGAGGUGAAGGCACGCCAACUCAAGGAUCUGCUUCCUGACAACAGCAAACUUGUGAAGUCCCCAAAAAAGAAAGAAGUGAGGCUGGAUAAGAGUGUGGAGGCAGUGGUGGUGGGGGGAGCCUGGAGUGUGCUGCAAGACCACCUGGAGUCCUCUCCCACCAUCAUGAAGCACCUUGCUGCACACAGCUCAGGAACCACUGCAGGAGAGCCAGAGAAGGCAGGAGACAGAGAAGAAAAAGGACCCACACCUACUGUUACUCCCAUCAAGAGACCAACAGAGGAAGAGUUAGAGGAAGAGAAGCAAAAAAGAGAGAUGUUACAGAGAGCCAAGAUACAAGAAAUCCAGCAGGCUGCAGAUAAACCCAGCAAGCAGACCAAAAAAAAGAAACUGAAACUGUAGCUCACCAAAAUAUCUUUCUACAUUUUGGGUUUGAUAUUUGUACAUGAAGUAUUAACUAAGCUGGUGAAUCUGUGGCUUGUGUUUUUGUGGUUCCAGUUUUCAGAAAGCAGUGAAGAGAAUAGAUUACUUUCUCUGAGUGAAGGUUUCAUACGUAAUUCAUUAUACCCAAAGGCUCAUUAUGACAACAAUUGACUGGCCUUACAUCUAUCCCUUCUUAUAAUGAAAGACUCUUAGAAGUGGGAAAGUUUUAUUGCUAACAUCUUUUUAUUGUAAUAAUCUUUGUUAUAACAUCUUUUAAUGUCAUUGUCUGUUGUGAUAUGUUGUGCUGUUCAGAUGACCAUCUUUUAAUUCUGUAAUCUUUGUUAUGUCAUGCCAUCUUUUAAUUAACUUGUCUGCUUUGAUAUGUUGUGCUGUUCAGAUGACCAUCUUUUAAUGCAGUAAUCCUUGUUAUGUCAUCUUAAUUAAUGUAGUUAUCUGUCAUUAUAUAUUUUUUGGUUGUUGUCUAAGUUAAUAAUUUUAAUGCACAAAUUUUUUUUAUGUGAUCUAAAGUACUUAUCUACCAUUGUAGUGAUGGGACAGUCAAAGGUGACCAUAAAUCACUUGUGCCUUCAUGAUCAUCUUGGCUUCUUUGGUAACUUGUUGAACUUGCUUUUUUACCUUGAGUGUCCUGCCAAGUUUCAGGCUCUAGUAAUGGCCUCCUAUGACCAGUUUACCUCCACCUUCAGAUAGAUUUUUCAAGAUUUCCAUGAUGCUUCACAGGGGAGCAUGAUUCUAGUCUAGUGGCAGCUGUGGCAUUUCAAAAAAGCACAUUGCCUCACAAUCUUGUGAUCCCAUGUGAUGUUGUUCAUGUUGAAUUCUUUUAAUGUAGUAACCUUUGUUAUGUUUUCUUUUAUGUAAUCAUUUGUUGUGAUAUAAUUUUGUGUCCUUCAGCUUUUAUGAUUAUCUUUAAAACAUCAUUUGUGUUAUAUUGUUGUUAAACAUACUUGACAUACCUGUGGUUUUUAGUGAUGACUACAAUAUUGUUAUGCAGUAUUUAUGUUCAUGUCCAUAGAUCAUCUAGCAUUGGACCAGCAUUAGUGUGACAACAACAACUAAGAUGACUUAUCACACGUAACAUUUCUAAAAAAUAUAUAGCACGUGAGGAAAUGAAAUAAAUUAAAGAGAAAUGAAAGGACUGAGGAAUUUAUAAUACAGGAGAUCCUUAUUAUGUGCUUAUUAUUGAUGUGCAGAUUUUGUUUUCCAUGCAUUAAGACUAACUAGAUUUACAUAAUGAGAUCUUUCCCCAAGGAACAGUGAAAAUGUUCCUGCACUACACCUAUAAAAAGCAGACAGUGUACCUGAUUUAGAUACAGCCAUCAACUUGUUCAAAAUAGCCACCUUGUCCAAUGAUGCACUUCUUUCAGUGUUUCUGUUAUGACUAAAAUACUGACUGAAAAUCUUGUUCUUUAAGUUUGUAAAGUACCAUCUGUGAUUUAAAAUGGAUAUUCUUCAUGGUAUCAAAGAUGAACUUUAUCUUGGACUUGUAAUCAAAUAUCUAAUGAUUUUUCAUGUUGGGAUUGACAGGGGUAAUACUGUAAAGAAAUUACCAUAUAUUUUGUAUUAGUUACCAUUUCAUUAAAUGCAUCUUGUAAGA